GUGGGCUAAUACAAGUUUUCCAAAACUUUUUCUCCUAACUAUUUUAACCAACACAUGUACAACUGUAUCUCAUAGUAGCAGCAGCAACCAAGCUUAAGUCGUUGACAGGGAAGGUGGACAAGCAACAACAGCAGCCAGCUACACGGUUGAUGCGGAGAAGAGAGCUAUGGGAGUUGACGAAGCACAUCCUCCCGACUUUGAAGACAAAGAAAAAGCUGCAAACGCUCAUAACUCAUCAACGGAGCUGCUACUUAAUAGAAGCCAGUCGGUCUCAUCUUUGAAUUGCUGAGAGGACGCAUCUAAAUGUGCAACUGUGGUGGGAGGAGCAGGGUCAGUCAAAUCGUGUGCAGGUACAUAACGUCAUCUUUAUCCCUAAGAAAUCUAUUUGAGUUUUUAAAGUUUUUUUUUUAAAAAAAAUAAAAAAUAAAAAGUAAAUCAAUCGCAAGUCGCCACGAGUUAGUGGGGCUCGUGAACAGUGUAAGAAACUCAUUAAAAUCGGUUCUUAAUUAGUAAUUUUUGUAACUAAUCCUUAAGGGUUUUGUGGGAGUCCACGCACUAAGAAACUCAAUAAGAACCCUGAAUAAUCAUGCUCUAAACUGCUUGAAUAAAGGUUAUGGACCCUUUUUUCGUAGAAGUAAUUCUUUCUCGUAGAUAACUAAAUAGAAUGUUGAAGUGAAGGGGUUCAAACGUUGGAUUCUUGGAUCAGAUUGUCAAUAACUGAUCAAAACAACCACUACUAGUUUAAAUUUCUUGGGUCUUUAUGGUAUCAUUUCGAAUAUUGGAACAAUCUCCACAUCUUUUGAUUGUACUUUCAUUCAUCAAAUUUCUUGUGAGUGAAACUGUGUAGCAGACAGUUUAGCCAGAUUGACCGUAAGACACUUCGUAUCAUGUCCCGAUUAAGUUUUUAAUAAAAAGGGUGGGUCCAACAAAAAAUCAUCUAGAUAAACCAUAAACGAUCUGCCGUACAAAAAGAUAAACCAAAAAGCAUAGCUAAUAAGAGUUAAUGAAUUGUAAAUUUGUAAGCCUCAUAAACCACUGGAUUCAAUCCACCGGAUUACAAUCUAUGAAUAUUGGAUUAUAAACUUAAUUAGGCUAAGUGAACUAUAGAGUGAUAGUCCGUUUUAAGAAUUAUACACGAGACUAUAUAUAUACUUGCCAAACCAAAAAGAAAAAAAAGACUAUGUUAACAUUACAAAACGUAUAUAAUCCCCGCUGUUUAGUACCAGUUCCAUAUCUUCGAUUUGAAGGGCUGAAUUCGUAGUUGCACACUGCGCAAAAAUUUAUCAUAGUUACGUAAAAUUAUUUACGUGAGAUAUAACUUUGGUUUUAUCUUGGAAAAAAACAAUUUUUUUGAGGAAAAAACAAAUUUUGACAUCCUCAAAUGCAUAGUUUGAUAAAUACUAGUAUUACGUAACUCGAACGAACGUGCAUGGCUAUUUUUAAUGUCGCUGAUACGUAUAUGUUCGGAGACCGGCGCUCAGUAGUCUAAAUAUGUGUUCAACUUGCAUGACGAUUUGGGUCAUAAUUCUAUCCAAAUACAUCAUCAUUCACUAGCCCAGUGUUCAACUUGCAUGACGAUAACCGUUGAUAAUUUUGCUUGAAUAAAUCAAAUGUUUGAAUAUUUCUCCACCAUAAUAUAAGUCAAAUGGUAACAAUAACUACCAUUUAUUGAGAAUGGGGGACAGUUUUCAGUGCUGAAAUAAUAUCGCUGGAUCCCGAGAAGUAUCAAACAAGAAAAAAGAGUUAAAGCUUAAUUAAUCCAUCCUUCCAAAUUAAAAUUAUAGUAACUGAUAAAAUAAAAUAAAAAGAUCCCUUGGGCAACAACAAAAGAAAGUUGGGCUCCAAUAAUUAAUUAAUUUUAAUUUUGUUACCAUCAUUUUAUCAAAAAAAUAUAUAACAACUUAUCUUAAAUUUAUUAAUUUGUUUGUAUUUUGUAAAUAUAAAAAAUUAGGCUAUUGUGUUUUUAUUGAAAGUGCAAAACAAAAACAAUUAGGCUUUUGUUAUCAGAAAAGAGAAAAAUAUCUGAGCCUUUAUAUUACUACUAAAUUUGCCUGAUUUUAGGUGGGUCUUUGGGCUGUUUGUCCUCGGCUCCAACAUAAGCUUGCACUGGAUACAGUUACAACUUACACCUAAAAAUUAUAUACAUUUAAUUUUGUUUGUUUGUAUAUGACAAUUAAUAUGGUCGAUUAGAUUGUAUAUUAUACUAUAUAUAUACAAAAGUUUGAAGAAGAUUUUUGGUUCUAUAAAUUAAACUCACUUGCAACUAUAACCCACGCAACAACAAACAUAAAAGAAAACGAUCGUCGAGAGAGGCUAUGCAGAUUACAAGACCACAUGCGGCCAUGUUCGCUAGCCCUGGAAUGGGCCACAUCAUUCCCGUGAUCGAGCUUGGGAAACGCUUAGCCGGAACCCACGGAUUCCAAGUCACCAUCUUUGUCCUUGAAGCCGACGCAGCCUCCGCCCAAUCCCAAUUUCUCAACUCACCUGGCUGCGAUGUAACCCUUAUUGACAUCAUCGGUCUCCCGUCUCCGGAUAUCUCCGGUUUAGUGGACCCAUCAGCCUUUUUCGCGAUCAAGCUCUUGACCAUGAUGCGUAAGACCAUACCAACCCUUCGAUCAAAGAUCGAGGAGAUGCAGCACAAACCAACGGCUCUGAUCGUAGACUUGUUUGGCUUGGACGCAUUACGGCUUGGUGAAGAGUUCAACAUGUUGACUUAUGUAUUCAUGACUACAAAUGCACGUUUUCUUGCAGUGGCUUUGUACUUCCCAACGCUUGAGAAAGACGUUGAAGACGAACACAUAAUCAAGAAGAAACCCUUGGCUAUACCUGGAUGUGAACCGGUUCGGUUUGAGGAUACUCUUGAAACACUCCUUGACCGAACCGACCAGAUAUAUCAAGUAUUUGUUCCUUUUGGUUUAGUUUUCCCAACGGCUGAUGGUAUUAUUGUGAAUACAUGGGAUGAUAUGGAGCCCAAAACUUUGAAAUCUCUUCGAGACCCAAACCUCUUGGGUCGAAUUGCUCGUGUACCGCUUUAUCCAAUAGGUCCUUUAUGCAGACCGGUUGAUCCAUCAAAAACCAACCAUCCGGUUUUGGAUUGGUUAAACAAGCAACCGGACGAGUCGGUGCUUUACAUCUCAUUUGGAAGCGGCGGCUCUCUCUCGGCUACACAGCUAACGGAACUGGCUUGGGGGCUCGAGUCGAGUCAGCAAAGGUUCGUUUGGGUGGUUCAUCCCCCGGUAGAUGGUUCAUCUUGCAGCGAGUAUAUCUCUGCUAAUAGUAGCGAAGUACAAGACGGUACGCCACAAUAUCUACCAAAAGAGUUUACUAGCCGGACUCACGAGAGAGGCCUUGUGGUCUCUUCGUGGGCACCACAAGCCGAGAUCCUAGCCCACCAAGCCGUUGGUGGGUUUCUAACUCACUGUGGCUGGAACUCAAUUCUUGAAAGUGUUGUUAGCGGCGUCCCAAUGAUUGCUUGGCCGCUUUUUGCUGAGCAGAAAAUGAAUGCGACGUUGCUCAACGAGGAGCUAGGAGUAGCAAUCCGGUCUAGAAAACUGCCGUCGGAGGAAGUGGUUUUGAGGGUGGAGAUCGAGUCGUUGGUGAGAAGAAUUAUGGUGGAGGAGGAAGGUUGCGAGAUGAGAGAGAAGGUGAAGAAGUUAAAGGAUACGGCGGAGAUGUCGUUGAGCUGUGAUAGUGGAUCGUCGUAUGAAUCGCUAUCGAGAGUGGCAAAGGAAUGCGACCGUCUUUUGGAGCGUGACAUAAUGGCUCGUGGUGCCUAGAAGUGCGUAUCGUUAUGAACAUUUACGUUUGAACUACGUCUCGUUUUACUGUUUCUGGAAUAUUGUGUUUUAUUUUUCGUGUCUUGCCGAAUGCUAGCAGCGCCACUUGCAUGCAGUCAUUAAUGUCUAUCUUUUCGUGUCUCACCGAAUGCUACCUUUGUUUCUUGUUGAGCAGAACUUCGCUUGAAGUAAUAAUACAAAUAAAUAACGUGUUUAAUUUGUA